AUGACGGAUGCUUGGUCAGUAUCCUUUAAGAGCAGUGGCGACGAAGACGCAGUGGCAGAUGAUACUCCAGGCGCUGCCUUGGAUGACGCGUCCAAACAGCUUCUUGUUGCUUUGAUUGCCAGGAUGGAUCGAAUGGAGAAGGAACAAGUAUCCGCAAGAAGAGUAGAUCACCUGGAGACGAUGCUAGAAGAUUUGCAACAUCGCCUACACAAAGCAGAGCAAAGGAUCUCACCUUUUGAUACUCAUUCACUACCUUGGAGACAAAUUGGUGGGGCUGCACCACCACCACCAGAAGGCCGUGCGAGUCAUGCAGAAACAGCAGAAGAAGCUGCGAUUGACAAUGUGGAAAUUGGAGAGGAAUUCAGAGAUCGGGAUAUCAAACCAAACGAAGAAUAUCAACUACCCAUGGAUAUUUACACUGUCGUCACUGCUUGGAAACGAAACAGUCGACCAUUUUGGAUUGCCCUUAUUGUGAUUGGAAUUCAAAUAUUGCUUCUGAGCUUGUUGCUGAUCGAUCAGAUUGGGUCCACUGGAGCAUCCGAUCUUGUGGUAUUCCCGAGCAACGUGCCAACCAUUGUCCAUGUCGCCCAGGCUUUGGCAACAGUCAUUGCUAUUUUCGACCAAGAUGAUCUGCGAAGUGCCAUUGAGAAUUAUUUUGAUGGUCUGCCAACAAGGUUCAAGGGCGAUGACACAUUUCAGUCCAUGACCAAACUCCAAUGGAACUUUUCAUGUUGUAUUAGGUUUUCGCAAGGAUUUCUAUCAGUAUUUGCCAGUUUUAUUUUGGCAGCUCAAUCCGAGACUGUGUUCGACGUAUUGUUGAACUUUUUGGGCGUCAAGUUCGUAUCCGAGCUGGAUGAUCUUUCAUUCUCUCUUGGUAAGCUCGGAUACUUUGGAGAAGAGUGCGAGCAGGCAACCAUACGCAUCACAGAAGUUAUCUUUCAGCAAGACAAUCGCAACAAAGUUAAUGGAAGGGACUGGAAGAAAUCGUGGUUCAAAAAGUAUGCUCAUGUAAUUGGUGUCUUUGGAAUCCUAUCCUUCUUGAUGGGAUUAUUUUUUUAUGUGGUUAUUAGUCAGAACAAUGGUACCUUCUCGGCGGAAGUAAUACAAAUGAAAGCCGGACAAGAUGACAUUCCAUUUGCCUCCUUGUUCCAAGGCUGCUAUCGCAAGAGUUCAGAUGGAAAGAAGUUUGAUCGGCGCUUAUCCUAUGAACAAGUUGGUUUUGAAGCAAGUGGUGGGAAAUUUGCCUUUUGUGGAGAUACGCCUGGCACUAGCGAAAAAGCAUGGAUAUUCAUGGUGGGGGAGGAUGCCACUGACCCUUGUCGGGACUUUGUUGCCAGAACUGAAGCAACGGAUAGCUAUAAUAUCCUUGACGUUUCAAAUAGUCAGUGGUUUUCAAGUGGAGGUGUAGCCUUCGGGGACAUGGACGUUUCGGCAGUAUUGAGAUCUUCACCAGAGUGCCAAAGAAUUGAUGUCAACCGAGACCAGAAAAUAUGUGACCAGCUGGACCUUGAAGGAUACAUUGAUAGUAAUCAGCUAGAGUUCCCACUGAAAUCCUUCAACAGGACGUUUGUGAAUCGGACGGGUGCAAUCGUGUAUACGUAUCCAGCUCUGACCCACCCCAUUUUUGUGGAAUCGACAAGUACUCCUGCAAGCUUUGAACUGAUGUUUUACACUGGGCAGAGUUGGGUUCUCACAGACGCCAUCAAGUCUAAAACGACUGGAGGUGAUGUCUCAAUGCAAAAUUACAUGGAUUCGGAACCAGAGUUCAGGUCAAUUUUAUUCAGUAUGGUAUUCAAUGGAACAGGCGUUAGCCUGGUCACCGACUCAAUUGCUGUGAACACUGUUGAGUUGUCUUAUACUCCAUCUGGAUUACGCUGGUUUCGAACUCGUGAAGCAGAUAGAGAUACACCUUACAACUACCCCACUGCUGAUCAAUCACGCCCGGUGGACGCAGUUCUAGUAUCGUGUGCCAGUUGCGACGACAAUGAGAAUCCUUGCUCUUUUGGAGGCAAAUGUUUAGAAGACGGUACUUGCGACUGUGUAAAUGGCGGAUCCGGUGCUUUGUGCAAAGUUCCACCAAAUGCAGAUGGGAUAUGCAACACUUAUUUCAACAAUGAAGUGUAUGGAUGGGAUGGUGGUGACUGCUGUGGCGCCACUUGCGUUGGGCCCACUUGUGGAUUGGGAGGCAUCACUUCUCCCUUUGGCAUUGAUAAUUACCAGCAGGAUCCAAGUACCGAUGCUUUGAGUGUUCUGGGAUACGGAUCUUGCAAGGAUCCUUCGAUGGCCCCCUUGACAAUUGAGCUGAAAGAUUUUGACGUUUUCGACAAUGAAGAAUGGUAUGUCAUCCUUAAUAAUGAAGAUGGGGACCCGUUUUGUAGCACUGCUGCAAUCAAUGUUCGAUGCAAUGGUAUCACGUACCUUCAUUUUCCACAAUUCAUUUUGCACAAUGAGUCUGACUGCAAGAGAUCUUUGACUGAGACAAUUUAUGUGCCUUUUGGAUCCCAAUGUGAACUGUCGACGAACAUUGCAUGUUUUGGUAUUUUCUGCUUGAAUCAUACAAUUUCUGUCCACUACGGUAACGGCACUUCAUCGGCUCCAAUUCGAUCAGGAAAUGUUGGAGUUGAGACUCGUUUGUCGUUUGGAGUGCCCUCUGAAUGCCUCACUGAGGUAUUGCGGAAUUACAGUUCUUCUAUUUUCGAUCUAUCAACACAUCAAGGGCAGGCUGCAAGUAGGCUUUCCAACGAUGGGAUGACCGAAUUUUUGUGCACCCAACGCCGCGAUUUUGUGCUUGAGCGAUAUGCGCUGACAGUGCUAAAUGCCUCGAUGCACUUCAAAUCUUCGAACUGGGAACCGGGCCAGUGUCAUGGAUGGGGCAUUCCAGCAGUUCAGACGGCUUGCUCAAACUAUUCUGUUACAUCUUUGGUUCUGGAACCGAAUGCAGGCUCUCUUCAAGGGACAAUACCUACUGAGCUGUUUUUGCUGAGAAAUCUUAAGGAAUUGGUGAUGCGUAGCAAUAAUUUGACAAGUACCAUUCCUACUGAGUUUGGGUUCCUCACAUCACUGGAGCGCUUGGAACUUUGGGAAAACAAUUUAUCUGGAACCAUACCAAGUGAAAUUGGCGUGACUCGACUUUCGGCACUAGCUCUUGCAAGGAAUAGGCUGUCAGGAACCAUUCCAACGGAGCUCUCAUUGAUAUCAUCGCUGGCUGCCAUUUUCUUUGAUGAAAAUUAUUUGACUGGACCGAUACCAUCUGAGCUUGGAGCAUUGUCGUUGGAUACACUUAGCUUAUCCGAGAACCCUUUGUCUGGGACGGUACCCAAACUCAAAUCUCUUCAAUCUUUGUAUCUGUAUAAUAACCCGAGCAUCUCAGGAACUCUACCUCAAGAAUGGUCAAGUUCCCUGUUGAACUUGGCCAUUACUGGCACAAAUGUGACUGGGGAAAUUCCUGCAACAUUGCCGUCUAGUUCGGUUACCUUGGAUCUUUCGAGUAACCCACUUCUAUCAGGACCAAUACCUCGUGAAGUGGGAUUUUUGACAGAGUUGAAAGUCCUUGCACUAUGUUUGAAUAAUCUAACAGGCUCAAUACCCACGGAGCUGGGGCUCCUCUCAGCAAACUUGCAGGCCUUGGAUAUAUCAAACAAUAAAUUGGAGAAUGAGAUUCCAGCUGAGUUGCUUUCUUUGAAAUUGACAUCCUGUUCUCUAGCGAACAACAAUUUCAGUGGUGGGACGGCGCCUGAAAACUGCAUCACUUAA